AGCGAUUCCAUCGGGCUCCCGGGGUUUUGUCAGUCUGAGGAUCGGCUUCAACGAGCGGUACAGGAAAAUGAUGUUGGCCGAACAGCUGUCUCCAGAAAUCCAGAGCAGCAUCACUAUAGAGUAUCUUAAUUCUUCUGGGCAGGCUCUGAAGCGCAAAGUAAUCCGUAAUUCUUUCAUCUCCCUUGGACGCAAUGAAUUCCGCGACCUUGUCUUGAAGGUUAGCGAUGGAAAACUUCAACAGAACUUUGUCAUAAAGCAGAUCCAACUUUUCACCCGUUUUAUCCGAGAUGGGAAAGCUUCAGUUGUGCUGCUUCCAGAAAAUAUCCAGCUUUUAAUAUCGAAUUGCCCCGCAGACAAGUUAAAGCACUUUAUGAAAACCCUCCUAAUUAAACAUGAAGCUGGGAAGAAAGAGAAGCCGGUGAAUGAACGCACUCGCCUUCUAUCUGGGCUGCCACGUAUGUUCGAAACCAUCAGCCCAGUGCAGAAAAAAGAUGUGGAACAGGCUAAUGAGAUGCGGGCCAAGGCCAACUCUGAGACUCCAGUAAAGGGGAAGGGACUGAGUCACAAAGGAGUGAAUGGAGGUAACAGAUGCCAGCAAAAACGUACACGCACAGAAUCUUCUAACAGCCUAAUUGCGGAUCUCAGGCCCAGCAAAAAGCCAACACUGUCAAUGCCUAAACAGAUCCGGCUGUCUACAGAACAAUCCUUGGUGUUGAACACAGUUCUCAGUGGGAGGAACGUCUUCUUCACAGGCAGUGCAGGCACAGGAAAGUCUUAUUUAUUAAAGAGGAUAGUUGGAGCUCUCCCACCCAAAAGUACUUACGCCACAGCAAGUACUGGAGUAGCAGCAUGUCACAUUGGUGGCACCACUCUACAUGCGUUUGCAGGUAUUGGUUCUGGAAAAGCCUCUCUAGAGCAAUGCAUUGAAUUGGCAAAGAGACCUGGGGUACGCCAGCACUGGACAAGCUGCAAACAUCUAAUCAUUGAUGAGAUCUCUAUGGUAGAAGGAGAGUUCUUUGAUAAGCUUGAGGCUGUUGCUAGGGCUGUGCGUGGUAAAGAUGAACCGUUUGGUGGCAUUCAACUUAUUGUAUGUGGUGACUUCCUUCAGCUUCCUCCAGUCACUCAGGCCUCAAGCCAAACAAAGUUCUGUUUCCAGGGCAAGAGCUGGAGGAAAUGCAUUCAUCUGACCAUGGAAUUAUAUGAAGUCAGGAGACAAACUGAUAAAAACUUCAUUUCUCUGCUGCAAGCUAUCCGACUUGGCAGAUGUACAGAUGAUGUCGCAAGGCAGCUUCUCCAAACCACUAACCAUAAAGUUGAGCGAGAUGGAAUUCUGGCUACGAGGCUGUGCACUCACAAAGAUGAUGUGGAAAUAACCAAUGAGCGUCGUCUUCAGCAGUUACCUGGAGAAUCCCAUUCAUAUGAGGCUCUGGACAGUGACCCUAUGCUGGUGAAAACUAUAAAUGCUCAGUGUCCUGUAAAUCAGCAGAUUCAGCUGAAGAAAGGGGCUCAGGUGAUGCUGGCAAAGAAUCUAGAUGUGUCUCGUGGCUUGGUGAAUGGAGCACGUGGCGUCGUUAUCAAGUUUGAAGAAGGCAACAAAAACUUGCCAGUAGUUCGGUUUCUGUGUGGUGUCACUGAGGUUAUAAAGCCUGACCGCUGGGUGUUCAAAGGACACGGUGGAAUAUAUCUGAGCCGACAGCAGCUGCCUCUAAAGCUGGCAUGGGCUAUUUCUAUCCAUAAAAGCCAGGGAAUGUCUUUGGACUGUGUGGAAAUCUCAUUGUCUCGUGUCUUUGAGAGUGGCCAAGCUUACGUUGCUCUCUCCAGAGCUAGAAAUCUAGAGGGUCUCCGAGUUAUGGACUUUGACCCCAAGGUUGUUCGAGCCAAUCCAUAUGUUCUACAGUUCUACCAUCAAAUGCAGAAGGAGAGAGCAUUGCGACAGACUUCCCUUGAUGACUUCCUGGACAAAGAAAAUUGCUGACUGUGUGAUAUUUGUAUUCAUGUUUGGUCUAUUAAGCUGUAAAUAGUGUACAGAAUUUUAUAUAUUUUUUUUUUAAAUAAAGAUUUUAAAAAUGA